CAUCUCUAGAUGCAUAUCUGUUUUAUUGUUUACUUCGUUGUAUUCAUAAGUACAUUUUCCUAUAAGUUUCGUUCGUCCUAAACUUAUUGCUGCCUCUGUUUCAUUACAAUUCUUAAUGAUUGAAAUAACUUUAUAAGAGAAAUCACGGUUGUAAUUAACAUUUUGAUAAUAAUGGCCGCCAAAUCGGAGGAAAUAGGUGGUCCUAAGUUCGAGCGGGCGACACAAGCGCAAAUUAAAUUCUAUGUUGAAUACUGUAAGAAGCAUCCUGAAAUUUCACAAUACCUUUCGAAAAGACGUGGAAAGAUUGCUCCUAUCCAUAUACAAGAGUUAUGGUCUCAGUUAGCAGACACACUUAACUCGAUGAAUGGGCCUACUAGGACUGCAAAAAAAUGGCAGGAAUCAUUGCAAAUGUGGAAAAAUAAGUUACGUGCCCGGGCCCGUCAAAACUCGGCGCAAACCGGUAAAAGGUGUCGCCAAGAAGACCUAUUGAAGUUAAUUGAAAGUAAAUACUCAAAAUAUGAUGCAGUUCCUACUAUGAAAAAACGCCAACCUGAGAAACCUGCAAAUGUGCAUCAUCAGACAGAAGAUAGCGAAGCUACAUGUGAUCUUGAAUUGCCCUUCGAUUCAAUUUUCCUACCUUGCGAUGGCAUGAUGGGCAGCACUUCUUCGUCUUCGAGGUCGCCUUCUCCCGUCUCAGACGUUUCCACCGCACCUGCUCCGAAAACGUCAAAAAAGCAAACUAAAAAAUCCGUUAAUUCUCAAAGAGGGAAUUUUUCUGGAAUUUGUAACACGCUUAUUAAAAGCUUAGAAGCACGUAGAGAAAGGGAGGAAAUACUCUCUAUAAACCAACAAAAUGUUAUCAUGAAAUUAGAUCAAACGUUGACUGCUAUGAAUCAGGUUUUAGAAAAAAUCGACUUUAAAUUAUAUAGUGUCUUGAGCGAAUGACGCCUGCAGUCAGAUUCCAACAUUCGCUGUCGCUAAUUUUGAUCAACAAAAUCUCCAAAAGAAAUCAGGCGCCCUUAACAACAUUAAACAUCUAGUUGGAUGAAUGCUCCACAUACUGCCAGACUUGGCUGUUUACACAGUACA